GUUACUCUUUCUUUCUUUCUUUUUCUCUCUCUUCCUUUCACCCAGAACAAUCUGCUACAGAAGAAGGAGAAGAGCAGAGGAGCAAAGAAAGGGGAAAUCAAGAACAGUUCGAUUCCAGGAAGCAGUGUUUCACUGAUCUCAUUGUCCUCAUUUACCCCAGGGCUUGUGAUCUGAGACUUCCUGGAAUCAAUCAAUGUUGUCGAAAUAUUCCAGAAUAAUCUAGCAAAAUCUUGGGUUUUGUGAAUUUAUUCUUGUUUGAAUGGGUGGUUGCCUUGCAUGUGGCAUUAAGCCUGAAUCAAUAGCAUCCUUGGAUGAGCGACCAAAACGCAGUAUAAGUCAAGGUCAAACAGGAAGGAUACCCAGUAUUUCCAGAGAUUAUUGGACGACAAGUCUGUGUGAUAUGGACAACAGUGCGAUGCAGUCACAAGGAAGCUUAUCAUCAAUUACUGCUUCAUUUCAAGCCCCUGAUACACCAGCUGGUAUCAGCAGCUCCAAUCCUCCUUCUGAAUUUGUAAAUCAUGGUCUCCAUCUCUGGAACCAGACCAGGCAACGCUGGGUAGAUAAUAAAAAUCAAAGUAAUAAAGGACAACAAAUCCGUGAUCCAAAAAUAAGUUGGAACGCGUCUUAUGACAGCUUACUCGGGAGUAACAAGCCAUUUGGUCAACCAGUACCUCUCACUGAAAUGGUAGAUUUUCUUGUGGACAUCUGGGAGCAGGAAGGGAUGUACGAUUAACGUCUGACAAAGCCGAGGUUUGGGUACGUCGUAGUCUACGUAGAAUCAAGUGACAAAACCAACUUCUUACAUGCAGAACUUCUUGAGCUAGCUAAUCCCUAAGAAAAAAUGAAGGAAAGAUAGAAAUGCACCUGGGAAAACUUCAAUUGUAUUAUUGUUGUGACUUUUUUUUUUUUUUUUUUUUUUUAAUAGCUUAUUUCUGUUUCCUCAUGUGCUGUAACUAGGUUUCGAUUGAAACUAAUGAAACUUACUCUGCUGAUUUUGCAUGUCUUUGCCUUAAUUUGCUCAACUGUUCUUCGAAACCCGAGUUUGUAACACUUUCUUAAUAUAUAAGUCAACCAUUGUGGCUUUGAGUUUCGACUUCAA